UCUCCCAUUGGUCGGGAGCGGCGAGCCGUGUGAGCGCUCGUGAAGUACACCCUUGUUGCGUACUUUUUGGCUUGUUAGUUCCGGGAGUUCUCCGGUGUUAUUACCGGAAAGCAGACAUGAGGUCCGCGGUGUGUGCGACUUUCCUGGCCCUGUUGUGCUCCAUAGCCAGUCCUGGAGUCUACGCCAGACUGACCAUCUCGGGGCCGGAUCAUCCUGUCAUAGAGGUUGAAGAUGCCACCAUGGAAUGUUUCUCAGACAGCGACUCUGACAUGGCAAACUAUACGUUUGAACAAUACUGCAAGUUGACAAGGACCUGGAUUCGGCUGGAGAAUAACACCUUCGAUGAGAACUGUUUCUUCUUCUUCAGUAUAAAUCGGAGCGGUGGGCGGCUCGUCUUGCGCGUCCACGAUAUGGACAGUUGGAUAAAAGGACCGUACCGCUGUGUGAGAACCGACAGCCGAAGCGGUGAAGAGGAAGUAUCUGCGGAGCUCACCCUCAAUGUUAUCUAUCUGUAUGACCUCUUCUUUCCGAGCAUUAGCUCUCAGUACAGAGAAGAGGCUGAUAUCUUGUGGGUGGAGAGCGGUUCUACAGUAGAGGUGAAAUGCGAGUCCCGCCGCGCCUCCCAGCCGCCCAUGUUCGAGUGGAGCCAAGAGUUCAGUGAUUGGAUUUUACCGUCCGAUACCCUCGUCCUCAAACAUGUGGGCGAGGAAUCAGAAGGGACGUACAUCUGCCAGGCACGCCACCCAGCUUUAUGGAGCCUGGUCAAGACUAGAUCCUUCCAGCUGCGAGUGAAGCCAAGGAGUCCCGAAGCAGUCCAAAGACUGAACUUUAAUACAUCAAAUGUUCUGUACGUCAUGAGCUUCGUCGCCAUCCCUGCAGUCAUGCUCCUCAUCCUGGUGUUAACUCUCUUCUCUAUCCUGAUCCGCUACCGCAGGAAACAGAUGAGGAAACCACAGAUCAGCCUAGUGGAUGGUGACAUGAGGGCCCCUAUAUAUAAAGGAAGCCUCCAGUUUGUGCACAGCACCACCUCAGACAGACAGCCGCUGGUCAUGUGAUUAGAGCAGCAGGUCAGGACAUCUGACUCCGCUCCAGCCUGGAUGGCGCCCCCUACAUCCUUAUAUAAAGCUCGCUGCUUCCUGUAUCUACAUAACUGGUGAAGGGACAUCACGGAGUGAAAUAUUUUUUUAUUUUUAUAUAUUUUUUUUUUAUUUUUUGGCUUCUAUGGGAUUUUUUUUAUAUAUAUUUUGUCUUUAAAAUCUUUCAUAUCAAUCCAGGGUAAAAUAAAUGUAAUUUUUCUGCGGCACGUGGUGAACUAUCGAUAAUCAAUGUACGUUUAUUGCACUAGCGAAUUCUGUAAAUAUGGCUUUGUCCGCAUUCCGGGCACCAAAGAGUUAAGACUUAUUUUCUUAAUGUUGUUUUGGUUUAUUAAGUAGCUUAGCCUGUACCACCCCUCCAGUUGGCAUCUUACGUUCCGGUCGAUGACAUGAGGAAUGUCGCCCUUUAAGAAAUGAGGGGGACAAAGGACCUCUCGGCCUAUUCCCUUUUACCAGCGGCUGAUGGAUCGGAGGAAUCUGGCACCAGAACCGUUCGCUCCGAUGAUCUAUUGGUGCCACUUACCGUAUUACAGACUUUAAAGGGCAGAAUUAUGUAAGGAGGCGGCGCCGAUCCCGAGAGGAUCCUCACCGCCGCCGCUGCUGGGCUUAUUUAGAGAAUUUGGGUUCACUCUUCUCCAAAGCCAAGUGUAGAACUACAAAGCUCAGCAUGCCACAUUGUUACUUUAAACGUCCUUAUUUGUAUACAGCAGCCAUGCUUGCUGCAGUGUAAAGUAUAGGGGAAGGAUAAAGCAGUUUCUGACCAGAUCAUUUUCUUUUAAAGGGUUACUCCGCUCCCCAGCGUCCGGAACUCAAUGUUCCGAAUGCUGGGUGCGGGCUUCAGUGUUCAUGCCCCGCCCCCUUGUGAUGUCACGUCUCGCCCCCUCAAUGAAAGUCUAUGGGAAGGGGGCACGACAGCCGCCACGCUCCCUCCCAUAGACUUGCAUUGAGGGGGCGGGACGUGACGUCGCGGGGUGUUGCGUCCCGAGGGGGCAGGCGUGAACACGAAAGCCAGCACCCAGCUUUCGGAACAUUGAGUUCCGGACGCUGGGGAGCGGAGUAACCCUUUAAGCCAAUGGAUCGAGUACAUGGAGAUGAAUAAAUUGCAGGGCGGCAUCAUCUAAAGCACCGGUCUCCAAACUGUGGCCCUCCAGCAGUUGCAGAACUACAAAUCCCAGCAUGCAUAGACGGCCGUUGUAGUUUUGCAACAGCUGCAGGCACUCUGGUUCAGAAACACUGCUUGAGUGUAUGGGCUGCAGCCCGAUGCUCUCCUGCUUUUAUGAAACCACAGUUCUGGGGAUGCUGGGACUUGUAGUUUUGCAACAGUUUAGUGGGCCACAAUUUUUAGAUCGAUAAAUCUAAGAAUUGACUUUAUUUUGCUUUAUUACAGAAACAGCGCCACUCUACAGGUCAAGUGCGGUAUCGCAGCUCCAUUUCAUUGAAAGGGAAUUGACCUGAGUUGCAAUACUACACACAACCUGAAGAAAGAGGUGGUGCUGUUUUUUUUUUUUUGGGGGGGGGGAGAAAGCAUCUACAUUCUUCUAAUACUAUAUAACCCCUUUUUAAAAGACUGGAGGAUGGUAACUUAAUAUGAUCAAGGCGUGAACUGUAGGCACAAUGUAAUACUCCAUUUCUCCUGUGGUGGCGCUGCAGGGAAAGCGAACCUUUGCUGACAGUCUUCUCCGCACCGAUAAUAAAAGCAGCAUCCUACAAAUAGUUCCUCCAAGGCAGUAGUCUCCAAACUGUGGACCUCCAGCUGUUGCAAAACUACAACUCCCAGCAUGCCCGGACAGCCGUUGGCUGUCCGGGCAUGCUGGGAGUUGUAGUUUUACAACAGCUGGAGGUCCACAGUAUGGAGACCACUAAGUUCUACAGUAUAGGGGUGAUUCUGGUAUUAAGGUCACUUCACCAGUUUUCUAUAUGGUUGAACCACUAUGACUAUGGGAGGUAGCGCACUGCUCUAAGCUGGGUGUCUGGGCAUACUGGGAGUAGUAGUCCCCCCCGAUAGCUGCAGAGCCCACAGGCUGUGACUGGUGUGUAUGUGGUUUGGUUACUCUGCACAGAGAUGCGGUAUGUAGGACGCCUUGUCCAGCGCUCGCUGUUAUCCUAUUGACUUACGUUUCAGGCUGUAUCUACUUUCCCUGUAUACAGAUUAUUUUUUUUGUAUAUGUGCAGUGUUUUCCUAAUAAAUAAGACCUUGUACAUUUGGA